AUGCGGGAGCCCCGGCCCGCCAUCGCCCCCUGCGGGCCGGGCGUGGAACUGCGGGCGGGGCUCCCCCUGCAGGGCGGCACCGCCGAGCCCCCCAGCCCGGGGAGCCCUCCGAAGCCCCCCAGCCCGGGGGGCCCUCCGAAGCCCCCCAGCCCGGGGGGCCCUCCGAAGCCCCCCAGCCCGGGGGGCCCUCCGAAGCCCCCCAGCCCGGGGGGCCCUCCGAAGCCCCCCAGCCCGGGGGGCCCUCCGAAGCCCCCCAGCCCGGGGGGCCCUCCGAAGCCCCCCAGCCCGGGGGGCCCUCCGAAGCCCCCCAGCCCGGGGGGCCCUCCGAAGCCCCCCAGCCCGGGGGGCCCUCCGAAGCCCCCCAGCCCGGGGGGCCCUCCGAAGCCCCCCAGCCCGGGGGGCCCUCCGAAGCCCCCCAGCCCGGGGGGCCCUCCGAAGCCCCCCAGCCCGGGGGGCCCUCCGAAGCCCCCCAGCCCGGGGGGCCCUCCGAAGCCCCCCAGCCCGGGGAGCCUCCGAACCCCCCAGCCCGGGGGUGCCUCCGAGCCCUCUCCCAUCCCAGGGUUCUCUCCGAGCCCCCCGCCCUGCCCUGCCGGGGACCCUGCUCUGUGCCUUCUCUGA